UGACUUCGUAUAUUUUUCACAAUGUGGUUUAUUUUGAUAUGAUAAUCUAGUGAAAAAUGUAAACAAUGAAGGUGUACCCUGGCGUUUAUCAAAGGAAUGUGUUAAAAAAUGAGAAGGAGAAACAUGACGGCGGCAUUUCCCUCUUUGCAACGAGCUUACGUCAUCAGACUACGGAAUUUUUCAACAAUUCUUCUCUCCAUGGCGUCCGGUAUAUUGCUGAGAAGGAUCGACCAUUUUGUGAAAAAUUUAUGUGGUUUAGUUUCUGCGCGGUAGGAGCGGUGACCACUUGCAUCAUCAUUGUCAGCUUAUGGGAGAAAUUCCAGACUAACCCGACGAUUACAGGUUUGGACACGGAUUUUCACAACUGGGAAGUGCCUUUUCCGGCUGUCACAAUAUGCGAUCUUAAUCCGGUCGAUGAAGAAUUAUUGCAACAAUAUAUUAACACAACAUGGGGAGACACGCCACCAUCGCACGCGGCAGACAUGCUCCGCUGGCUCGCGACCCUCAGUUACCGCACGAUAGUGGAGCGCGCUAAAGAGUUCGUGAUCGACCCGGAGCUGGUCGGCCGAGGCUCUGAGGUGAUGUCCCCACCAGCCGCGGACCCUAAGAAGGCUGUGUAUAGCAUUGUUCGUCACCCCGAUUCAUUGUUCUACGAGUGUGAAUGGAAGGGCGAUUCUGAGGAGUGCUACGAUCUGCUGGCGCCGGUCUUCACCGAGAUGGGGUUCUGUUACGCCUUCAACUCGCGGCACGCCGAGACUUGGUGGCCAUGGCAAUCUCAAACUGAGUCGGAAUCUUUCGUAGAGGCGUUUAUCCACGAGACGGAUGCUAAGUGGUCCUUCCUCUUCAACUCGUACCGGAAUGAUACCAUCAUUGACAUUUACAUCCACGCAACCGAAGAAAUGGCGGGCCUAGAGCAAAGCGCCCAGCAUUCCUGGGACCGUCGCGUAGAAAAGGUUUCUUUCUCCGUGAAACACACGUAUACGACGGAGGACGCGCGACAGCUGUCGAUACGGCAGAGGCGCUGCGUGUUCGCCGACGAGCAGGCCCUGGAGACUUCGGAUAUAUACACGUACUCGGCCUGUAUGCGGCAGUGCCGCAUGCAGCGGAGUAGAGCCGCGUGCAGAUGUGUGCCGCAUUUUUACCCUACAAUACCGGGCUACCGGCACUGCACAGUAUUAGAACUAGAGUGCAUCGCUAACCACAUGGACUCCAUCACAGACGUAUCCUGGUGUUCCUGCGAGCUGGGCUGCUCGCACACGGUGUACGAAGUGGAGAAACUUACCGAAGUCGAUACGAGUAAAGGGCCGAUGUCAACGACGUCACUGGAAACGGAGUUCGUAUCUUGGCCCAUGGUGCGGUACAAACGUGAGGUGUUGUUCGGCUGGGUCGACUUGUUGGUAUCAUUCGGCGGCAUCGCCGGCCUCUUCCUUGGCUUCUCACUACUAUCCGGAGUAGAACUGAUCUACUUCUUCACACUACGAGCUUGGUGCGCGGCCGUGCGAGACAGGGACACACUGAAACGCGAGCGGUCCGAGCGCCUCGCUCGCCCGAAGCCUCCUUACGAUCUCAGCUUAGUGCCAUGGUGGAAGCAACCGCCAGGCCCUCGCAGCGCGCGUCCUCUCCUUGUAAAAAGUAAAGAUCAGCCACCCCAAUAUUCUCCACCACCUGGUUACACCACUUUCUUACCUUAG